AUGGUUCCGGCAACAAAUGUUAAUUUAGAGAAUUUAGAAAUUCCACAGGUUAUGUUUGGUGAUCCGGAAUUUACACGGAGUUCCAAAAUCGAUACCCUUUUGGAGGCUGAAACCUUCUUUGAAAUUGUUAAGGGUGAACAAAUACGUUCAUCUCUAAAUUCAUUAAUAUUUCAAAAUACUGUAUUUGGUUAUGUCGCUGGUGGCUAUGUAAAUACAAAUAAUCAGGAGCCAUGUACUAAUUUAUGUACUUUAGUUUCUCGAAAUGAAAAUAUUGAAAAAGUAAUCGAAAAAUUCUGGUUAGUGGAAAAUAUUAGUGAAGAAAAUACUAUUCUUAGUAGUGAAGAAGAGUUUUGCGAGGCUCAUUUUAAAGAAACCCACACCAGAAAUAAGGAUGGUCGAUUCGUAGUUAAAAUGCCGUUGAAAGAAGGUUUGUUGGGUGAUUCUAAAGCCUUAGCCAAAGUUAGACUUAACCAAACAGUUAAGCGAUUGCAUAAGAAUCCCAUGAUGCAAAAUUUAUAUAAGGAAUUUAUUGCAGAAUAUGAAAGUUUGGGUCAUAUGGGAAAAGUGAAUAAUGACAUGUGUGAAGGAUCUUAUUAUUUGCCGCAUCAUGGAGUUUAUAAACCUGAAAACUCAACCACAAAAUUAAGGGUUGCAUUUAAUGCCAGUGCCCCUAGUACAUCGGGACAAAGUUUAAAUGAUUUGCUUCUUGCCGGUGCAGUGAAAGAAAAUAUUUUUGAAAUAAUGACUAGAUUUAGGACUUAUAAAUACGCAUUUACGGCAGAUAUUAAGAAGAUGUACCGUCAAAUAUUAAUCGAUGAAUCACAGAGAAAUCUGCUAAAAAUAUUAUGGAAGGAUAAUAUGAAUGAGUCUCCGACUACUUAUCGCCUUAACGCUGUCACUUACGGCACAAAAUCGGCUCCAUUUUUGGCCAUUCGUUGUUUGAAGCAACUCGCUUUGGAUGAAGCGAAAAAAUUUCCGUUAGCUUCGCAAGUUACACUAACAGACGUGUAUAUGGACGAUUUCGUCUCGGGUGCUGCUACUUUAGAAGCAGGAAUACCUUUGAUACCAGGAAUUACAAAGGCAGUUGAUACAAAUGCUGCAAACUUGUGGCAUGGAGCUUCAUAA